AUGGUCCGAGAAAACCAGCUCCAGGUCGACCACGACGACGGCACCUACUCCUGCCGUGCCUGUGACCGCGACUUCAGCUCCUCCCAUGGCGCCCUGAACCACAGCCGCUUCGCGGGGGUCCACGAAGGAGAAUGGUGCGAGCGGUGCGAACGCCUGUUCGUCUCGCCUCUCGCGCGCCGGGCUCACAUCGUCGACUCCCCGCGCCACAACAUCUGCACACCGUGUGGACUAGACUUUGAGACCAGCGGUAAACUCGACUCCCACGACAUCGACGUCCACAACAUGUGUCUGCCAUGCAAGAGAGAGUUCGAUAGCCCCCAGGCACUAAAAUCCCACGACGUGGCCGUUCACAACAUGUGCGCAGCGUGCGGCAAGUUUUUCAACAACACCAAUGAUUUGAUGCAGCACAAGCGAAGCCACCUCCCCCCGAGGCUCGGAUGCCUGGGCUGCAACCGCAAGUUCGCCGAAUUCGCCGCCAUGAUGAUCCACCUCGAGUCCAGCUCCUGCAAUAGCGGCAUCGACCGGGAGGACGUCGACAGCUACAUCUUCGACGCGUGGCGGGGAGUCCCUGAAUUUUGCAAUGGCUGGACCGACGACUUCAUGUAUCACUGCCCCGGUUGCGAGACCGACUUUCGCUAUGCCAGUGCCCUGUGCCAGCACCUGGCCAGCAACGCGUGUAAUCAGGAGCCCCAGCGGAUCUUUGACGACAUCCGAGAAUGUAUCGGAUCGCACCUCUAA